AGCAACUAGAAAAAAAAAAAAUAACCCAGUUCGUCAAUUAAUUACAUAAUACAACCUUAAUUGUUUCUCCAGCUCCUCUAAUCUAAUAUUUUACAUUUCUCCCUUGUUUCUGUAAUUCGCAACGAAGGAAAAACAACCAAUUGGAAAUAAGAGGAGAAAAAAUAUAUUAAGGAGAAAUUUUUUUCAUAUCAUUUAUAUCCGUGAAUGAUCAGACCAUAAGGUUAGGUUCUCAGAUGGAGAUAGAGCUAGAAGAAGCGAAAGCGGAGAUUGAGAGGCUUAAAUGCGACUUGGAUGAUAGAGAAUCCAUCAUCAAAACACAACGGGAUGAAGCUGAAACCCUGAAAACUCUUGUUUCAGAGCUGCAAAAGAAAAGUUCAGAAGCAGAGAAAGAUUUAAAAUCAUCUAAAAAUAAUGAGAGUGAACAAGGUGAUUUGUUGGAAGAGUUAGAGGAAAGACAGAGAAAGGUAGAAGUUGAGCUUAAAUGGAAGGUGGAGCAGUUUAAGCAUCUGGAAGAAGCAUAUGAGAAGCUUCGAGGUCAGUUUCGUGAGAGUAAAACAGAAUGGGAGACAGAGAAAUCAUCAUUGAUUGAUGAGAUAUCCAAGCUACAAGAAAGCUUUGAUGAUGGAAAUCGAACAGAAGAGCUUAAAAGUCAAUUAGCAAUGUGUAAACAAGGGUUAGAGAAUGAAGAAAGCCGAAGGAAAAAAGUUGAAGAGGAGGUUGUUGAACUGAAAGCGUCGUUGGCAAGCUCGACACACGAGGGUUUUGAAGGAAAUGUAGGAGGAGAAUGUUCAGCUGCAGAAUCAGGUGAGGAAGAAGUAGCAAAUCUGAGGCAUUCGUUACGUGUGAAGGAGAUGGAUUACAAAGAUAUGGAAUAUAAAGCAAAGAAGCUGGAGAGCGAGAACAAGGAAUUACUGACCUCCAUUAAAGAACUCCAAGAAGCUCAUAUUCCAAAAGCAGUUCCAACUCCAUCUUCAUGGGCUAAGCUGAAAACAAGACUGAAAUCAUUAGAGCAGAGCCACCGAGAAUCUUCUGAACAGCUCAAGGCAAAGGAAGUUGAGUGGAGUUGUAAAGCAUACAGAAUCAAUCAAGAGCUUAGAAGAUGUAGUUCUAGCUUGCAGAUUAAAGAUGAGCUCAUAGAAGAGCUUAAAAAAGAAUUAGAAGGGUGCAAUACAUCAUUAACACAGUUGAAGAUGCAGAACGAAGAGUUGUCUUUAAUGUUACAGUUGAUGCGAUCAGAAGGUUCGCAAGAGAGAGAGGGUGGUGUAGCACACUUGAUGGAGCAAUUAGAGAAGGAACGGGAGGAAAAGCUUGGAAUGCAAGAGGAACUCGACAAAAUAAAAGAUGAACUAGAAGAAGCGCGUGAUGCUCUAGAUAUGAUGGAUUCUGAGUUAACGGACCAAAGCAACGAGAGAAAUGAAGUAGAAUUUGAGUUAGAAAAUUGGAAAUCUAUAGCAGCGCACCUGGAGAGGCAGGUUACAGGAAGCCAAUCUAUGCGCAAGGAAUUAGAAUUAUCGUUGCUUGCACAGGCAGAAAUUGAGGAACUCCUCAAACUAGAUACAGAAGAAAAGGAAAAAAGAAUAGGUAAUCUUGAGCAGCAAAUCUUUUUAAUGGAUCAAGAGAUUCGGAUUGAAGAAGAAGAAGAAGAAGAAGAAGAAGAAGAAGAAGAUACCACUGAAGACGAUGACAAUAAACUAUCGCAGCAGUUGCAGAUGGAUGAUGGAGACCAGCUACAACUCGAAUUAGAUACAGAAGAGAAGGAAAAAAGAAUAGGUAAUCUUGAGCAGCAAACCUUUUUAAUGGAUCAAGAGAUUCGGAUGGAAGAAGAAGAAGAAGAAGAAGAAGAAGAAGAAGAAGAAGAUACCACUGAAGAAGAUGACAAUAAACUAUCGCAGCGGUUGCAGAUGGAUGAUGGAGACCAGCUACAACUCGAAUUAGAUACAGAAGAGAAGGAAAAAAGAAUAGGUAAUCUUGAGCAGCAAACCUUUUUAAUGGAUCAAGAGAUUCGGAUGGAAGAAGAAGAAGAAGAUACCACUGAAGAAGAUGACAAUAAACUAUCGCAGCGGUUGCAGAUGGAUGAUGGAGACCAGCUACAACUCGAAUUAGAUACAGAAGAGAAGGAAAAAAGAAUAGGUAAUCUUGAGCAGCAAACCUUUUUAAUGGAUCAAGAGAUUCAGAUGGAAGAAGAAGAAGAAGAUACCACUGAAGAAGAUGACAAUAAACUAUCCCACCGGUUGCAGAUGGAUGAUGGAGACCAGCUACAACUCGAAUUACUGGCAAAAGAACUUGAAGAAGCUAUAGUUGAACAUAUGACCGGAGAGAGAAACUACACAUCUGAACAGAGUUUGCAGGAAGACAUGGUACCUGCAGAAUUACAUGAAAAAAUGGUUCAGGGAAAUGAUAAUGAGGAAACAAGAACAGAUCUUGAAGGUGAAGAAGUUUGUGCAUCAAAAGAGAAUGUAAGUCAUCAACAUUCUCACUCCAGAAAGACAAGUGAAUCCAUCAUCGAGGAAAGAUCGCCAUUCAGAGAGUUAAACUAGCACAUAGUAAUCUAGAAGAAAGCAACCAUUGCAAUCAUUUUGACUUGUAAAUGAGGAACGAGACAUUACUUCAAGCCUCCACUCUAGAUAAUUUUUUUCAUUAGUUAAUCCAUUACUUGAAUGGAGAUUCAAUCUAAAUUCUUUUGGUAUGCAUUGUAUGCUUUCACCAGUUUGUUUUUUCGUGUCUGUAAUUUUUCCUCGUGUGAUUGAAUCAUUGUACAAACAGGAUUUUUUUUUGACAUAAUCAAACUUCA